AUGAAAAUCCUUGUGUUAUGUCUGGUGGUGCUAGCCACCUUUGGAACACAAUCUUAUGGAUUUGAGGUUUAUAAUAUCAUCAGCCCAAACAACAACGGUGGCAAUACUCAGGAGACAGUAACAAUUGACAAUGAAAAAAAUGUUGCCAUUGUUAACGUCCAUGCAGGAUCGUGCUCCUCUACCACGGUUUUUGACUAUAAACAUGGCUACAUUGCAUCCAGGAUGCUCUCCCGAAGAGCCUGCUACAUCCUGAAGAUGAACCAUGAAGCUAUCCCUGCCCUGGACCAACUCAAACGGUACAUCUACGAAAGGCAGGCUCUGAAAACCAUGUUCUCCAACAAAUAUACCUGGGUCAAGUACAACCCACUGCAGUCUCUGAUCACAGACGUGAAAUGGUUUCUGUUUGGGUCACCCAUUGAGCAGCUCUGCAAACAUAUCCCUUUGUAUAAGGGAGAAGUAAUUGAAAAGACACAUAACAUCGGUGCUCAAGGCUGUGCAAAGGCUGGGCUCCUGGGCAUCUUUGGGAUUUCCAUCUGCGCAGACGUUCAUGUUUAA